AUGCUUACCCCAACCCCAUUCUCCCUCUUCUGUGCUCUCCUCCUCUGCCUCCCCCUCGCCGUCGUUUUCACCAUCACCACCCCUACCACCACCGUCUCCCCCGCCGCCGGCGACGACAAACCCCCAUCCACCCUCCGUACCAAGCUCCACUCCUCUACCUCCCGCAACCCGCUCCCCAAAGACGACAGCUCCCUCCUCCGCCUCGCCGCCCGGGUCAACCCGAACCCGACUCCCCCACCCCAAAAAAUCGCCUUCCUCUUCCUCACCACCACCCCUCUCCCCUUCGCCCCGCUUUGGGAGCUCUUCUUCAACCCAAUCGGCGGCAAUCGGUUCAACAUCUACAUCCACGCCGACCCGACCCGCGCCUACGACCCGCCAUUCACGGGCGUGUUCGCGGGUCGGGUCAUCCACUCCGAACCCACCAAUCGCCACACCCCGACCCUCGCCUCCGCCGCGCGCCGCCUCCUCGCCCACGCGCUGCUCCACGACCCGGCCAACGCGGUCUUCGCCCUCCUCUCCCCGUCCUGCAUCCCGCUCCACUCCUUCGACUUCACCUACCAAACCCUGACCCGCUCGGGGGAGAGCUUCAUCGAGAUCCUCGCCAACGAGACCGGGGCCAGGGACAGGUGGGCGGCGCGUGGGGAGGACGCGAUGCUGCCGGAGGUGAGGCUCGAGGAGGAUUUCCGGAUCGGGUCGCAGUUCUGGUCGCUGACGCGGAGCCACGCGCGGAUGGUGGUCGCGGACCGCACGAUCUGGCGGAAGUUCAAUCGGACGUGCGUGAGGGAGGACACGUGUUACCCGGAGGAGAACUACUUCCCUACGCUCAUCCACAUGCGGGACCCGCGUGGCGCCACGUCGGCGACGCUGACGCACGUGGACUGGAGGGGGUGCCACGGCGGGCACCCGAGGAUGUAUGGAGCGGAUGAGGUGGGGCCCGAGCUGAUUAACGGGUUGAGGAAUGGACGGCCGAGAUACGGCGAUGAAGAAGGGUUGAUGAAAACGAACGGUUCUGAUGGUUCGGUUUUGACCGCGAGGAGGGAUCCGUUCUUGUUUGCUAGGAAGUUCUCGCCGGCGGCCGUCGGGCCGCUGAUGGAUAUAGCGGCGGAGGCGAUUUUGAAAGAUGAGUGA